AUGGCGGACUCGCAGAAGAUCGAGAAGGGAAUCCAAGUAGAGGUACAGAAGUCUUUGAAGGGUAAGGGUAAAGAGAUUGCACGUGAAGAAGUCGAUGUCGAGGACUUCAACGACAAAGAAUCUGCUCCCGCAAAGACCUCUAUCGCCGACUCCCAACCGGACUUGGCUUCUAAGAUCAAUGCGCCUAUCACCAAAGCUGCAUCUUGGGUUGAUGGGUUGACUAUCGAUGAGUUCUCCUCGUACACCAAAAUAACAGGCAUGUACAUGUACAAGAAAGCUAAGCCCAAUUUCUACGGGGCAAUCAAAGAAGAUACUGUGUGGUUGGAGAUCAACGGAAAGAGGGAUUGGAAGAGCUACAUCCAGAGACAAAUCCCGAUUGCCCAAAUUGAGAAGGAGCGCCAGGUGGAUGUUCUCAAGGAGCAUUGCGCCAGCAAGUACCUUCCACAGUCUGAGGAGAAGCCACUCUUGAAGCUCAAGCUGUUGGACUAUUACAUUCAACGACUGCUGAGAGAGAUGACCACGUACUCUAAGCAGCGCGGAUUGGCCGACACAGAUAAGAACGUGCUGAAGAAGGAGGCCGAAUACCACGUUGAGGAGGCUGCCAAGGCAAAGCGCCGCAUCUGGGAAGACUACGUCGACGCCUGA